GUCCUACGGCAGCAGCCCUGCGCCGACGCUCUGGAGCACCUCGGGCCCAUCUCUCAAGCUUCCUGGGGCCCCCUCGCCACCUCUCACUGCACCUUCGGCUCCACGAAGCUGCUGGACUGGAUCUGGGACAGCAGCUGCACCUCCACUGCUACCCGCAGUCCGUCCUGGUCUCUCUACAAUUACCUGCGCUCGGACCCCGACUAUUACCGCUGGGAGUUUGCCAUGGCUACGGAAGUGACUGCAAAGCGAGGGGAUGUAGCCAUGAUGAAGUGGCUGCUGACCCAUUUUCAAGACUGCGAAGUACCCAUCGAGACCGUGGAGCAAGCUGUACGCAAGGGCCAUGUAGCCAUUUUGCAGCUUUUGCUCAACGGUGCCUCAGAUGAGGGAGAGCCUUCACAAAACGCUGCAGGAGGCCAUGUUGUCCUUUGGAAGAAUCGAGAUCGACAUUGGCGACCGUCUAUUAUGAAAGACGCUAUCCAAAGCGGCAAUGUUCCCGAACUUAGCGAUGAAGAGACUGUAGGAUGCGCAGUCAGAGCAGCGAUGCAAAGCAGCAGUUUGGAGCUCGUCGAGUUCUUUCUGCCUGAGGGCAAAACUGUGCUGGACUUCGUCUCAUUAGCUGGACACUCGGUCGAAGUCGUCGAGAAACUGCUGGAUGAUGGGUAUUUCGAGCGAUUCGAAGUCAUUGACGCGUUAGCUUUACCCAAUCUAGCAGAAGCUGGUCGCUUAGAUCUGCUACAGCGAGCUUCGAAGUACUACAAGCGGAGCAACAAGCACUGGCAGGAGUGCUGGAGAGACGCCCUCUUUGUGGCUUGUCGCCUCGGACACUGCACUGUUGUGCGAUGGAUGAUCGAGCAUCCGAUGUGGCGUGGAGUCCGGAAUCUCAUGAAGCGCAAGAGAACCUUUUCCCGGCUGUUAUGGUACGCUGCCGACCACGGGAGCGUCGAAGUGAUGCAAUCUCUGCACGAUUUAAAAGCCGCAGACAGCUAUGGGGACGCGCUGGUUAAAGCAGUGGCGAAGAAUGACAUGAAGUGCAUUAAUUGGCUGCUCGCUAACUUUCCGCAAUCUGAACACGUGUCAGACUACGCCGUGCUCGAUGAAGCCGCGAGGCGUGGGAAUCUGGACGAGGGGUGCACAAUAGAGGCGAUUGAAAAGGCGUUUACUCACGCCCACCUUGGAGUUGCCAUUUGGCUGGCAGCUACGUAUCCCAACUUCGCGCCCGAGGAAUUAUCGUGUUACUCCGACGAGAACGAGUUCGAUGUGACACUGUUCGUCCACGCGCAUUACCCUGACCUGAUAGGAACUCAAGAAUACUGCUACAACCGGAAAACAAGCAAUAACUACCGUUGGGGCUGGCUGGAGAAGCAUUAUCCGGCGCUUGACGCGUGA